AUGAACUUUGGCCGACAGUACAACUCGAAGCUUUCACAGUCCUUCUCAGUAAUUUCCCAAAGGAGCACCUCUGCGCCCUUGCAUUUCACAGAUCUACCAGAAGAUGUGAUCAUUCUAGCGAUGCAUUACCUCACUGUCCGAGAAUUGGCAUCUCUGGCACGGACGUGCAUGUCCCUGUAUUGCUUGGUCAACGAAGUUGGCUGGAGCGUCUUCCUACGAUGUAAUCCCUGGCCGUCGUUUAGUUCGCGUAGGUCGCUUAAAACCUGGGACGCAUACUCGCACGUACGGUAUCGCACAAUUGCCGAUCGCAAUUGGAUUAAAUCCGCGUUCGUGGCUCGUCCCUUAUCUCGAAAGUGGACCGGCAAACUACAGCCCGUCUUGGCGAUCAAUACCUCAAGACUCGUCGUAGGCGCAGGCGUCACCAUAUACUCAUAUGUCUUCACAACAGCGAAAGCCGGCGUGUCGCCAGGGAUUCGCCUCGAGGGCUCGUAUACCACAAGCUCUCAGCUGCAAGCUCGUAGAGAUAUCACAAGCAUUGCGUCUGUGCCGGAUGGAGGCAUGGAUCGUGCGUUCUAUGUCGGCUACGCUGACGGUGGCGUAGAGCGCGUCAUACUUCCCCAUGUUUCGUCAAGCUCGGGGAGCACGUUCAUAGAGCCAUCGCUAAGGGAGAAACAUUGUUAUCACGGGGACGACGUGGUGGAAAGCAUCUCUUCGUCAGGCAAUUACGUGUUGUCACUCUCAUCUGGCGGCACCGUCGCUUUCAUGAACCUCGCUUCUUCAUCCUUCUUGCCGCAGCUCAUGGGUCUUGGAGCUCGGAGCUGGUCUUCCUACUUGUCCACGAGAGGUUCUACACCAUAUGCCGUUCUCGGUACGUCCUCUGUCGAUCCAUUAGUCGUACACAGCAUCUAUGCGUCGGAACUGUCCAGCAGUCCGACCGCUGUACUAUCCUCGGGUUCUACCGACGGAUUCCGCAAACCAUCUGCAGUCUAUGGCAUUUCAGGCGCGCCGCUAUCCUCACCAUGGGGAUCAUCAGACCAGAUAGUCGUGUCUGGCUGGUACGAUGGCCUUGUCCAUGUCCACGAUAUGCGAUCUUCCGCUCGCCUUUGUGCGAUUGAUCACCGUGAUGGACCCUCUCCUCUGCGCCCGGUGCUUUCCGUUUACGACCCCUGGACUUUUGAGCCGAAUUAUUGUGUUGCCUGCGGUGGUGGAUCUUCGAGCUUCAUCGCGGCGGGAACGGCUCGUCACAGUGUCGUGGCGUUAUGGGAUGUUCGCUCUCCCGCUCAAGGCUGGAGUGUCCACGCUCCGGGAAACGACUCCUCACCGGUAUACUCCAUCGUCCUUGAGAGCGCUCGCUUAUUUGGGGCAACUCAGUCACGACCAUUCGUGCUCGAUUUUGGCGCGCACACCCAGGAAGAUACAUAUCCAAGUUUGUCAUCGAACCAUCGAGAAGAGGGCUUGAAGAAAAGGGAUCGGAGUGGUGCUGGCUUCUAUGUCACCAAAUAUACCCAUAGCCAAUAA